AUGGCUACUUCACCGCACUCACUCGCUGCCACUGCCGCGAUGAAUGCAGGUAUUCACAACGAAGAGACGCGCCGGCCCUCUUCUGGUAGUAUGCGCAGGGAUGUCGAGCGUGCGCGUCGCCGGUCCAGCAUUCGCAUGAACCUCAACUUGAACGACCCAGCUAUCCCGGCACCUGGAGAAAUGCAGCAGAGCCCAUCCUCCCGUAGCAGGGGUCCAUGGCCGCAUAGCCCGCACCAUGAGCGUGCGCCUAGUUUGGGCGAGCUGCAUCAAGAGCUGGAGUAUGAGCAGGAAGGACAGGUGAACCGACUACUCAACAUGAUUCGUUCCCAGCAAACCCAGAUCAACACCCUCCAAGCAAACCAGCAGCAGCCCUCUGCUUCCGCCGUCGACGACAGCACCCCAACCUCGGAGCGUUCCAUUCCAGCAACCUCAAGAGAUGAGAGUGCUUUCUACCAGGCCGAAACUCAGAACCUCACUCGUGAAAACCAGAUGCUGAAGCUAAGGAUAAGAGAACUUGAGCGCCAACUAGCAGACCAAAACCCUACAAGCCAAGUCACCCACUCUCCCACCGUCCACUCCGGCCUCGCUCCUGCCUCGACUCAUGAAAACACAGACCAAGGUAUCGAGGGCGGUCAGCCACCUGCAUCGGCGGAGUAG